AUGAGACGGUUUGCACCACACCACAUGCUGGUUACACGGAGUUUAUGGCACUCUGCUGUCUUUUUUCGAGGACGGAGAGAAAUGUUAAAACCCCUGGCGAUGUCAUCAGAAACUCCCGCAUGUGCUGUUGAGGAAGUUGCAACACAUCCUCAAGUUUCAAUUAAUGAAAGUAUUUGCAACUCACUUGACAACCUGCUCGGUGAAACCGCUUCCCAGCGUGCUGCGGUUACGAGGGUCGGAUCUCUACCAUCAUACUACAAACCGAUGAACCUUCGUGGUGUAUUGUAUGAAGGCGAUGUGGCACAACAACUUGCGAAUGCAGCGGAGUUACGAGGUUUCCGAUCGCCUGUUUGGGCUACAAAUGCAUCAUAUAUACGAGGGGGUUACACGGUGCUGGAAUGUGAGGUUGGGGUUGAAGUGAGCACCUCGAUGUUUAACGUGGUUCUUUACAACCUGCAGCAAACGAACUCUCCGGAGGCUGAUUCAUGCGUUGCGCUUGCGUCGGUGAAGGCCAUGCCACUCUGCGCAACGGGGCGACCCUUCUCUCGAAGACUGCGGCUGGUGCUUAUGAGUCACCCCUUCUAUACACGAUUCAAGUCACAAUAUUGGGUAACUGAAGAGGAAGCUGCAGCACUUGGAACAAUGGUGAUGACAAGUGAGCGGGGGCGUUGUGUUCCCGUGCCCUGUCCUCCUACAGUGACUGAAAUGUCUUCCUCCACAAGCCGUGAUCCUCGUGUUGAGGACAGCGAUACUCCUCCAGGGGAAUCUGCUGUUCCUUUGAUGUUGUAUAAUGCGGAGCAAUUGGAGAACCCCAAUGCAGCAAGCAGUGAGACUUGUCCUCGAGUUGAAUGCGUAAAUGCCAAUGGGAGGCGUUAUAGCACUCUCUUGACUAUUCACAUGCGGCGGUAUUGCCAACUGCACCAGUUGUGCACAGAUCCCUUUGCAACAUUUGUCACAUGUGCCCGUCUCCGCUCUCUUGGAGGUGAUAUUGUACCUGGUGCCAGUGUUCCUCUUACUUUGGUUGUGAGAGAUGAAUUAUUGACACUUUAUCAUGUGGAUCAAACAACGAUAUCUAACACGUUAUUUCAGCAUGCCUUGUCUGGCCAGCGGAAGUGUAUGGACCGGGUUUCUGUGAUUCAAGUUUAG